CGAAGCACGGAGUCCAUACAAAAUUUUAAUGUUCCUGUGUUGUAAAUAGAAUUUCCUCAGGAAUUGUGGAAAAUUCUGCAAUAAAAUGGAGAGAAAAAUCAAAUUGAAGACGUUAAAUAGUGCGAUAACGUGUCAGAUUUGCCAGGGAUACCUCAUUGAUGCCACAACAGUCGUCGAAUGUUUGCACACUUUUUGUAAAUCUUGCUUGGUGAAACAUUUGGAGGAAAAUAAUACGUGUCCGUCAUGUCUCAGCAUCAUCCAUCAAUCACAUCCUCUCAACUACAUCAGUUUCGAUCGCUCGAUGCAGGAUAUUGUGUACAAAUUGGUGCCGAAUUUGCAAGAAGACGAGAUGAAUCGCGAACGGGAAUUUUACAAGGAACGCAAUCUGCCGAAUCCGAAGGACAUUCAACAGGCGCACGACAACGACGAAAAUAUGGACAAGAUAAAUGAGGAAAAGCAUCAGGAAUCGGACUACCAUCGGCAGGAUGAGCAGGUGAACGUGUGUCUGGAGUGCUCGAGUAACAACCUUAAACACCUCAAGCGGCGUUUCAUUCGGUGUAGUUCCCAGGCGACAAUUACGCAUUUGAAGAAAUUCGUGGCCAAAAAAGUCUUGAACGGGAUGGAAAAGUAUCGUGAUAUUGACAUUUUGUGCAACGACGAGCUCCUCGGCAAAGAUCACACACUAAAAUUCGUUUAUGUGACACGCUGGCGAUUCAAAGAACCACCGUUACGGUUGCAAUACAGACCGCGGAUAGAUCUGUAAUUUCCUCCGCGUCUUAUUUUUUUAAAUAUUUUUUUUACCAAUCCCAUGAUAAUCCUUUUUUAUCAAACAAACAGAGCACUCAUUAUCAUUUACACACCUCACUAAUUUCCUACAAAAAAUAUUUUAGGUCUUAAUCUGAUGUAAUUUGUAUUAUUAGGUAGUUACUUACUUACGAAAGCCAAGCCAGGGAGAAUUAUAAUUUGUUAGACAUUUUUUGCAUGUUUUUGUAAAUGUUUUUUUUAUUUACGAUUUUCGUGCAUUUUGGGUGAAAAAAGUUGUUAAUGGUCAGUAAAAAAUCAUCACAACGAAUGUUGACUUGUAAAGAAAAAAGUUUUCUUGCCCAAAACUUACCUUUUCUCACUAAUUACUCCAUUGCAAUUUUCUUUAGGAAUUUAAUUUUAAGGUGAAGUCAGCCAGAGUUUUGAUAACGAAUUGUGUAUUUCUGUGAAAUAUCGACGGAAUUUCAGCAAUUAAUCAAGGAAAAGUGGUUUUAGUAUUAAAAACUUUAAAUUUUAGAUAAAAAAAGAUUUUUAAAAAUUUUAGUGAAAAAUUUAACAAAAAUUCAAC